AUGGCCGCCACCGACGCCGCGAAGCUCUCCGUCUCCGGCCAGGCCUUCGCGGCGCUCCUCGACUGCUGUGGGAACGCCGCCGGCGACUGCGAUGGUCUGCUCUUCGGCCGCGCCGUCCGCCCACCGCCCCCUCCCCCAUCCUUCUUCGACGACGACGACGGCGCCACCACCUCCUCCGCCCCAACCCUAUCCAUCUCCAUCACCGGCCACGCCUCGCUCGCCCAACCCGCCUCCCUCUCCGACGCCCUCGGCCGUUUCCACCCCUACUCCCCCGGCCGUCCGGACGCCGUCGGCUUCUUCUCCUCCCGCCGCAGCGCGACGCUCCGCCCCUCCAUGCGAGAGGCCGCCGUCGCCCGCUCCCUCUCCAAAUCCCUACCCCGCGCCCAACCCCUCGUGUUCGUCCUCUUGGCCCCCUCCGCCUCCUCCAACCUCUCCACCCACUCGUUCGACUACCGCGCCUUCCUGCUUGUCAAUUCCCUCCUCGUUCCCGCCUCCCUCCAGGUCGUCAACGUGGGUCCUGGCUUUUGGGGCCAGUACCACACCUUCGCGGCGGAGUCGCCAAUGCCGUGGAUGCCUCGGCCGCCGGCAAGGGAUUACGGCCUCGGGGAGAAGAAGGCGAUGGAUCGGAUGACGCAGGGGUUCGGGCCGAGCAGAUUACAGGCGAUGCUGACUUCGGCCAGUGGGUACACAUCCGAGGUGGAGGAGUUGUACUCUGGGAUGCUAAGAAAGCUGGAUGGGCUUGCUCGGGAGACAGAGAACAGCGGUCGUCACGCGCGCCAUCAGGAAUACAAGAACUCAUUGCUAAGGAGACAAAUUGCCAGGCUGAAUUAAGGGCAGAGAUCUUGUCAUCAGCAAGCUGUGUACAGUCUUCAAGGAAGGUCGCAAGAUUUGAAGCCAGGGUCAUUGAACUGUGUUGAGUUGAAGUGUCUGCCUAUUUCUUCCUCUUUUUGACUGGGUCCUCUUUUGGACUUCCACCAUGGUGUGCUUGUUCUUGUGAACAGUUAGAUUCAGGCGGUUCGAAGAUGCAGAAACCAGGAUAGUGACGGUGAAACCAGCUAUAUUUUGCAUGCAAGUAUGAGACUUGGCAUCAUUUUGCAACUGCCCACUUUGGUAGGCACAUGACUAGUGCUCCGUGUUAUGCAGUUCAGCAGAUUCAAGUCUAAUUUAGAUUUGCUUAACCGGUACAGGCUGUAGUGUAUGUGUGCUGUGACUU